AUGUUUGGAAAUAAUUCUGAAAAAGAAGAAAAUGAUAUUCCAAUAAAAAUUCGUCUUUGGUGUUUUCCUUUUAUUCAAAAUAAUAAUUGUCAAUUAGAAUUUAAAUUGAAACAAAUUGAUGAAAGAUAUUAUGCUAAAAUAAAUUCAACAGAAAAUGAAGAAGAAUCAAAUGAUGAAAAUUCAAAUAUUGGAGAACAACAAUUAUUAUUUUCUACAAAUUUUUGUAAUUGGUUUAGUGAAUGUAUUGAAAGGUUUUAUAUAAAAAAUAAAAUGAAUAAUGACAAGAAAAUUAAAAUGGACAAAUUUGUUAAUUUAUUAAAUAAAAAAUUGAAAAAUAAUUUGGAUUUGCCUAAUGAAGCUAAAUUAAUUUUGUUUGGUUCGGCAAUUUCUGGUUUUGGAAGUAAUGACUGUGAUUUGGAUAUUUGUUUAAUUAAUUGUGGAAUUGAUUCUUCUUUAAAUCCUUCAAUAUUUAUUGAUAUAAGAUUAAAUAUUUUAACUGAAAUAGGCAGUUUGUUACGAAAAGAUGAUGAAUUUGGAGAAGUAAUUUUACUUAGACACGCCAGAACGCCUAUUCUCAAAUUUAAACAUUUACCAACAAAUUUUAAUUGCGAGUGGGUUGGAUUUUAUUUUUAAUAAAUUUUGCUUUAAAAUAAAAAAAAAUUCGUUUUUGGCGUUUAAAAAAGAAGAAUCACAAUUUGGCAUUAGUUAAAUUCGACACCCCUUUUGUACCAUUUCUUUGCAAGUACAGACUAAUUAAAUAUUGC